GAUCCAAGGACAGACGGCACUGAGGGGAGGGGAGGAGAAACACUCUGCUCAGUCACACCUUCCACACUGCCUCUCCGACACACUGAGCAGAUCCCGACAUCGUGAGGAAGAUGCACGUCUACAGCAGACCCCGGACAGGACAUUAGCUCCUAAAGCCACCGAGACAAAUACAUGCCAAGGACCAGAGGGGGGGCAGAGCGAGCCCAGAGGGAAGGACAGCAGCAGCCUUUCAGAGAGGGCAGGAAGAGGCAACGUUUGCGGGGUUUAUUCUGAGGUUUUCUGCUCUUCGUCCACUCUGCCUCCCACCUCUGCUGCCGUGAGGCUACAGGCAGUUUCGCAGUCCGAGACCAUGAGUGAGGCGAAGAAGGGUGAACUAGCCAUCCGGGAUAAAGCCAUCCUGCACCAGCAGAGGCGUCUGAAGCAGGCGACCCAGUUCACGCACAAGGACUCGGCUGACCUCCUGCCCCUGGACGGGCUGAAGAGGCUGGGCACGUCCAAAGACCUGCAACCUCACAGCAUCGUCCAGCGCCGCCUGCUGGAGGGAAACAUCCCGCGGCUGAGAGGCGAGGCCCGGGACCUCAGCGCCAGGGUUCGAUCCCCGCUGGCAGACACCAAGGACGGACCCACGGACACCGAGGAGAGGAGCGAGAGCACGGCCGACGACUCCACAGAGGAGAGAGAAUCUCUGGAGGAGAGCGAGAGGAGCCUCCGGUCGGACGAGGAGGACGACAGCAGCGAAGCCGGAGCCAGGCAGACGGCGGAGAAACCAGAGGGCACGGAGAGCUCGACUGCCCUCACGGCUCUGGUCAUUCAAUGCAAGUGCUGCGAGGCUGAAGUCAAAGCAUCCAUCAACACUGGCAGCCAACAUAACCACAUCUCCACCUCCUGCUGCCAGAGGCUGGGACUGGUUCCUAGUUCACCAUGUGGAGGCAGCAGCUCGGUGACGGAUCUGCAGCUGCAGCUGGGCAGGCAGACACUCAGGUGUUCGGCGUAUGUCAAAGAGGAUGAGGCGUUUGAGCUGUGCCUGGGUCUUCAGACUCUGUUGGAACUUAAAUGCUGCCUGGAUCUGAGCAGUCGGGUCCUGAAGCUGCAGGGCUGUGGAGAGGAGCUGCCUUUCCUGAAGCCUUCGCCCGACAGCCAGUGCCAUCACGACACCAACGAGAACCUGUGAGCCCGACUCGACGGCGGCGACCACUUCCUCUUGGCCUGACCGGCUGCAGCAGCGUGGCCCCGAGCCGUUCGUGUCCGGAACCGUCCAAUCACAGCGUCUCUCACUGCCAGAACCAUGGAUGAGCGUUCGCCUCGGUCGCUCUUGAGUUUACAUCUUUGUGUUCGUAGAGAGAUUUGCCAUGAUUAUCUCUUCUAUUGAAUUAGUCUAGUUUGCAGAGGGAAAUCCAAUCUCUGUGAGUUCAAUCAUUCUUUAUGAGUAUACUGUAUGUUCAGAUCAGUUCCUCUGUUGAGCUGCUUGGGGAAAACCAUGAUAAUCAUUUCAAGUGAACUUUUAGUGGAAUAUUUUGUGAUUUGACUGUGAAAAAUGGCUAACAAUCAAAGUAAAUAAAAAUAUAUUAAUUGCAAACCUAAAUCGUUUUAGUUAGGUGUUGUAACAGGAAUGGUUUGACAUUUGGGGACAUAAAUUUGUUCUUUUUGAAAAGAUCGACACCGCAUGAGUCUGUUAGCCAGUUAGCUUAAGUCCUGCAUCUGUCUGACAGCAGCUCUGUCUGCCUACAGCACUACUAAUAUUUAUAGACUAUAGCUUCUCUGGGAAAUCUAUACCUGCAUUGAAAUCUACAAACAAAAACGAUUUUAUGAUUAGGAAAAUCACUCCAGAUUAGAAAACAGUUGCAUAAGCACAAAACAGCCUGUAAGACUGCCAUCUGACGUUUUUACAUUUCAGUGUUUUUAUGGAAUAAGCCCAUGCCUUCUUUGUCCGAUAAAUCCCCAACUCUUUGCUCAUUAGUUUUAGCUAACGAGCUAAGCUGUUAGCUGUUUUUCCAACCAUUAUUACCGAUAGCCAUUCUACCAUUUAUCCACAACAUUUAACAAACUAUUUCUGCUCUUUAACCGUAACUUUGGCCAAUUUAGACACUUUGUCUAAGGAUAUUUCCACCAUGUAGCUAUGUAGUCUACUGUUUUCUCACUGUGUAUCCAUAACCUUUAGCUAGCAGUGUCUAUUCAGUAUUUUCAUCUGGUAUUUUUUAACUAUUAUCCAUGACUUUUACCUAUUUUACUUGUUUAUCCUACCAUUAUUUUAGCUAAUUGUUGUACUUCCAUCAUUUAUUUUGAUUUUUUUUAGCUAAAUUCUGCCUUUAUAUCCUUUGGUAAUUGGUUGCUCUUUACCUAUACCAUGAAAUGAUGACUAAUUUAUGUAUUAAUUUUAGUUUAAACCUGUUUAUAUAUAACUUGAAGCUAGUUUUCUCUGAAUCUUUCCUGCUACACAUAUAUUCACUCAAGUUGUGGAAGCUUUCACCGAAAGGAAAGAUACCCAUUCUACCCUUAGUUGGGAAUCACUGGCUUAAACACAUUUCCACGACAUGCUCAUUAGCGAGCUUCAGGGGUACUGCUCGGCUUAUUUUGUUGCUUUUGGACAGAACCAGGCUACCUCUUUCAACCACCAGAUUGCGACUGUAGUCUUACAUUUACCAGCUACGUAUGAGCGGUAACUUCUCAACAUCAUCCAAAAAUGUGAACAAAAAUGUUCUUAAAUGUCAAACGAUCCUUUAAGAAUCACCAUGACUCAUCUAAAAAGUGUUUGUACUCAGGAUGACCUUGACAAUGUGUUCAAAGAAAGAAGUUUUUUGAAGUCCUGUGUAAUUAGUUCUGGAUCAGGUAACCUCCUUCAGAGACAAGGAUGGAUUCUAGUUGAGAAUUUUAAGGAAAAUACCACAAUGUCUGAGGUACUUAUCUAUAUUCAGCUCUGUAAAGCCCCUUCACUCUUUCUUUCCUCAUCAAAAGACUGACAUGGUUGCUUUUUUUCCAGCGUGUCACGAUGGCCCGGAGGCUGAAUUAUGGUAGUUCCCUAUAAAUCCCCUCGAAUAAAAAUAGACUUCAGGCCAGCCAGCCCAAUAUACUUGAGUCAGACUCAGCUACAGAAAUAUCAAAACAUUCCAUCUGCAUGACUUUGUAAAGUUCUGCCUUUGUAUAAGUCUGCAUGUUUGUGCACUAGUCUGAUUGUGUCAUGUUGCGUUGAGUCAAAGCGGGGUUUUUCUGCCUUAGAACGGCUCCUGUUUCACAUGGGAAUAAAAAGUGGAAUGGGUCCCAUCGUCCCCGAGAGCUCCGGUCACAACAAGCUGCCAAAUCCGACCCCAGCUGCCUUCCCUCUCUCUGCCUCUUUCAGGAGAUUUUAAUCACUCGGCCAUGGUCUUCAAGCCCACGCUCCUCUCCAUCCAGAGGACCCGGCCCUCUUUGUGUAUUUAACACCUUUUUGGCUGAUGUUGUUCACUCUGACACCUCAUGUUUGCGAAUUUUCCCGUCACAAGAGAAUGAAAGAAAAAGAAAAAAAGACUCCCCCACUCCAGUGCCACCUGCCUCUCUCGUCUCCGUGUCUUCAUGGCGUCAAGAAUCAGGAACUCUGCCUCAGAUGUGCUCACCGAAGGCCAUCACGCUCUGCUUUAACCCUCCUGUUGUCUUCAUUUACAGGCACUGAAUAAGAUUGUUUCCUUGUCUGAAAAAAAUACAAAAAUUCAGCAAAAAAUUGCAGAAAAUUUGCAAAAACCUUCAGGAAGAGUUUCCCUUAAAGGUUCCCAAAUUUUGCAAGAGAAUUCUUGUAAAUAUUUUCAAAACAUGAGGAAAAAUCUUCCAAAAAAAUCCUAAAAAUAUCUAAAGAGAUUCCACAUAUAUCAGCAAAACUUCAUACUUUUUUAUGUUUCUUUUUUUUCCACCAAAAAAAAAUGACACAAAAGACAAAAGACACAAAACAUUUAGUCACAGGUGUCUGGAACCGAAUGAUAUAGUGUUUUACUGUAUGGUCAAAAUGACAAAAGUCAGACUAAAAAACAAAAACAAGACAAAAUAUUACAAAAAUGAGACACAAAAUGACAAAAGCAAGAAACAAAGCAACAAAAAUGAGACAAAUGACACGAAACUAAACAAAACAGAGACAAAAAUUAGACAAAAGUUGCAAAGCGACAAAAAACGAACAAAAACAAGACAAAAAAUGACACAAAUGAGACAAAAUAUUCCCCUAAAAAAACAUUUUGCUGGAUUUUGGUAGAUUUGUUUUGUGACUGUUCUUAAGAAACAUUUUUAACUUUUCCACCAAAAAAUAAAAAAAAAAUUCCCAAAAUUCUGAAAAUGUGGACAUCAGAAGUUUCACUGUGAAAACACAUUUUUUCCCCUCCACUUUUUCAAACUUUAUAACGGGUUAAUUUGACCUGCAGGACAACAGGAGGGUUAGCAGCCCCGGAGCCACGCCGUGCUUUUGGCCGUGCUACAGCAUCCAUCUAACCUCCCGUUGAUCAUCCACGCGUAGAUUGGCGAUGUUUUUGUUUCUCUUUGACGUACUAGUGACCUUCCUAUGCUGUGUGAGAGGAAUCAAUGUGUGACAGAAAUUUAUUUUUGGUGUUUUAUCUUCUUCUGAACAGUAUUUUCUCUGCCUAAUAAAAUAUGUAUUCUGGCUA